GAGAAGCAACCAACCGGAGACUCGUUUACCCUAGUCAUCUACUGUGUAGCCACGAAAGUAGCUAGCAAGCAAAACAACUCAACACAGAACCGACUUGUAAUAGGGAGCUGGCAACCGUUGCUUUUUGCUUUUGCUUAUUACACUCGUAUACCAAUUUCAGAAUCAUGAGCAACCCUGGUUUUUCUUCUGGACGGGGGAGAAACUCAGUCGGACCUGAUAAAGUCGACAUGUCAUUAGAUGACAUUAUUCGUUUAAACAAGAAAGAGCAACAAACACGGAGACAGAGCACAGGGAAUCUCAAAGGCCAGCUUCCCAAGGGAAGAGGAGUUGCAACCAGAAAUGGGGGACCAAUUCUAAGAGGAGGAGGUGUAACUAGAGGAGCCAAGGCAGUGAGGUUUGGUGUUCGAGGCAGGAAGAUUCCACCUCCAGCAGGUCGACGUCGGGGGCAAGGGGUCAUCACUGGACUGGCUGCUCGGAGGACAGCUUCUUUACAGAAAGGCAUCAGUCCAUUCAACAGACCACCUGUCAAUCAGAAGUCACGCCCCUUUGUCCAACGCAACAAUACCCAGUACAGAAGGCUGGAAGGCCAGAUGAGACCGUACAGGCCGACUGACAUGCAGAGAGGCCCAAACUCAGCAGCCCGGAGACCCUUUCAGCUGAAGAGACGGCCUUUGCCUCCAGUUCAACAGGCUCAGAGGGAUGCCCGUCAAGCCACGUUUCUGUCCCGAAGGGGGCUCAAGGUUCAUACACAAGUACAGAAGGCUGUUCAACCCAUUGUUUCAGGCAGAAACAGGCAGUGGCGUACAUCAACAAACAGCAGUGGAAUCCUCACUGUGUCCAUUGACAACCCCACAGCCAGAACACAGCCAGAGCCUCCGAGCGCUUGGUCCCUACACCCUCCAGCACCCAGUAUACCUCCACCCAAGAUGGAAGUUGUGGAGGAAAAGAAGCCACCUAAGGGAGUCCCUCUGCAAUUUGACAUCAACAGUGUGGGGAAACCGCAGACAAAGAUGACUUUGAAUGAGCGAUUCCGGAUUCUCAAAGAUCAGCGAAUUGCCACAACUGCUACAGCAAGCAAAGGCAGCCGAUUUGUCACUGUGGCUUAGUCCAGGACAAACAGAAGAAGGGAUACCCUUCAACUGCCCUUUCUAUCCUUUUACCUUUCUCUCACACAAUGACCAACCCCACUCAGCCCCCUCCCCCCAUCAACUGCUUUGAAGGAUGGAUUAAUCCAAGGGUCUUGAAUUACUCCUGAUGAGGGGUUAGUGGGAAAAAUAACAAUACCCUGUCCACUACUAUUCAAAAUUGAGGAGCCGUUAUCACAGAGGAAUAACCUUUCUAUUUUAAAUCAAGGCAUCCGAAUCCUUCCCACUGUAUUGCAGUCUGUGUUGUGUUUAGGGGCGGUUGUAUCAGGAGGAAAUGGACAAUGUUUUCUUCACCUGAAGUGGGACUGCAGUACUAUCUUUGUAAAGGCCACCCAGAGAGUUUUUUUCUUUGAGAGGUUGUGCCAGGGAUAUUUGUUUGAGCUGUGAAUAAUGUGUAAGUGCUUUGAAAAUUUAAAAGAAAAAUUGGUCGUUUUUUGUAAUGUUUUAAAUAAACAAUUGCUGAACAUUC